AUGGAGAUUAGGUUGGGGGAUGGCUGUGUUCCAUCCCAUUUUGUUGCUGUGGUGAUGGCUUGGAGCCGCAUGGUGGGAGGAGGUUCUAGUGCGAGAGGAGGUUCUAGUGGUAGGGGUGCUGCAUCAUCCGCAAGGCACCCUACAUCAUCCACAGGAUCAGAUGGAGGGAUUGUUGCAUCUGUACGGGAUAUACAGCUGACUCAUUCACCUUCAUCUUCGGCAUCGGUCCCUACUGAGGCAUCAGAGGCUACACCUACUGGACGUACUACACUCAUCAUCAAAUAUGGGAAAUUACAUCCCUUGGGGAUGGUUCCAUCUGUAGUCACUAAGAUUUUCAAGCAAGUUCAAAAUCCAGAAGGCUACAAUUGGAAACUCACUCCACUUAGUGUUAAGACGGCGUACUUUGAGGAAUUCAAGAAACAUUUCACAUGGGAUGCGGCGAUAGAGUCGGAUGUCUACAAGCUUUGGCAUGCUUGUGCUGCGCGGAGGUAUAGUGAUUUUGUCCAUGACAUCAAGGAAAGGAGGAGCAAGAGGCCUCCUUUUAUUCACGACGAACACUGGCCUAAUUGGAUUAAGUACUGGGACUCUGAUGAAGUCACAGCCAAAUCAGAGAUAGCAAAAAAAUGUAGGAUGUUUGAGCCUUUAGGUCCUGGAACUGGUCAAGUGAAGCACCAAGGAGGUUCGAGGUCUAUUCUUCAGUAUGCUGAAGAAGUGGGUAAGAGAAAAGGAGUGGAGCCGACUGAAUGUUUGUAUGAUGCUUACGAGAUCCUUCAUAAGAACAAGGAUGGCACUUAUACAGACGAGAGGUCUAGACGGAUUGGAGAAAAAGUGCAGGAUAUAGUUGCUUCUCAGAGUCAGGCUGUGAAUGAUGAUUCUGAUCCGCCAGAGAUUGAUAUGAACAAGGUGUACGUGGAGGCUGUUGGUGGACUCGACAAGAAAAAGAGAAUGUUUGGAGUUGGUGGACUUGCAGCCAGCUUACGGAGUAGUGAACAGUCGAGUGGUACAUCUCAGUUUCAGAGCCCUCUUGUCGAUCCACAACGACUUAUGGACGUGGAGCAGCAAUUGCAGGAUGCCUUAGUGGAGAUAGCACGUCAGAAGGAUGAGAUGAGGCAGAAAGAUGAGCAGACCGAUGCUCGAUUUCAGGCUCAACAACGUAUGUUCGAGGAGAUAUUGGCUAGGCUUCCACCUGGACCCACUCCACCCACUGGACCAUCAUCUUGAUUAUGUUGUGUUUUUGUAUUUUGAAUACUUGAAUAUUUCUAUUAUAUAUUUUUGAACACUUGAAUAUUUUGUUAAGUUAUGACUAUUCGAAUGCUAAUUUAAAUUUCA